CAAUUCACCAGUUCCAUUGGGUCAGAGACCGUCAGAGACUUCAGAGACUGAAAGCGAGCAAAGCCCAAACAGCAGACAGCGUAGUUCCAUUCCAUGAUGCAUGCAGGAGCCAGCCAGCCAGCCAGCCAGCCAGCACUCAACGUUAAGCGUUAAGGAAGCAUUCAUUAAGCACCAAAGCAGAGUGGCAGCCUAGCCCUUGAUUACCUCCUCGAGCCUCCAUUCCUCCAUCCACGCCAUCUACGCCAUCUACGCCAUCUACGCCAUCUACGCCAUCCAUUCAUCCAUUGCCAAGUUAGCCUCGAUCUUCGACGUCUCAGGGCCAUCCUUAUCCUCAUCGUUAUCCACCCGUGGUCUGUUCGUGGCCUACCCCUGCCCGCCAUCUACGUCGCCAUUGCCCGGAUCUGGCCAGCCAUCUGACUCGCCUGGUCUGCCACAGUGGCCUAGAUCGCCUCUGUCCCGUCUUGAUUGGCGCUCGUCGUGCUUGGAUUGGGUGGGACCGGCCAAGAUGCUGAUUGAGAAUCCGGACUUGCUCAAAUCGUGGUUGACCUCUUGUCUGGAUCCAUUAUGCGAUGCGGACCCGGCAGCCUUGGCCAAAUACGUGUUGGCCUUAAUCAAGAAGGACAAACCGGAAAAAGAGCUCCGACAAUCCAUGCAAGCCCAGAUGGAGGUGUUCCUUCAAAAUGAAACGCCCGGAUUCAUCGAUCUUCUGUUUGAGACGGUGGAGAAUGGGCGGUAUCUGCAGCACACGCCUACUACCCCUGAGAAACCCACCCCCAUCGUCAAGUCCGAGUUGCCGGACCCGAAUGAUGAACCGCCCGCCGAUGGCGUGGCGGAUAGCACCACUCCCACGCGUUUACCCGCCUCUGAGGUAACUCAUCCGGAUCAUGAAGCACCCGUUCAAGCCGGCCAGCGCAGUCCUUCCUCCGAAUUCAUGAAAAACCGAAUCCGCGUCCGAAGGCGCUCUUCUCGCUCGCCCGUAUCCGCUCAUCGGCGACGCAACUCGUCGCGGAAUCGCUAUCGCUCUCGUUCAUCGCGCUCCCGAUCCCCGCCGACGUCGGGCCAUUACCGGCCCACUCGAUCUUCGCGAUCCCGGUCGCCGUAUCGCCGUACUAGUCGACCCCACCGUCCCCGCUCCUUCUCACCUCCUAACAAUGCCCCUGAAGACGAAGGACCCUCGCCCUAUCUUCCCAGCACUACUGCCAAGCGUCCGCGUUGUCGGGACUACGACGAGAAGGGUUUCUGUAUGCGAGGUGAUAUGUGCAAGUUCGAUCACGGCAAUGAUGCGGUAGUGCUGGAAGACACCGUCGUGCCCGGCGCCUCAUCGGGAGUACCGGCCUAUCAGCCGUCUAGCGUGACCUCGGUGUACGCCGAGCCGUACGUGCCCACCGGUCAUCCGCCUGUGUCUCUCCCACCUCUCCAUAUUCCGCCACCGGGAUACAACCCCGGUGGUAACGCCCGUAAACGUGGACUAGACGAUCACCAUACGGCUUAUCCGCCCGCCAAACAAAGCGUGCACGACCGCUUGGGCGCAUACAAUCGCGCUCAUCGAGGGGGUCGAGGCUCACGAGGUCGGGGUGGGCGGGGAGGUGGCGUGCACCACGUUGGCAGCGGGGGCAGCGGGUCAACUCAAAUUGCAGUCCGCAAUAUCCCACCCGAGAUGAACAACAUUGCUCAUCUGAACAAUCAUUUUGCUCGUUUCGGCUCGCUGGUCAAUAUUCAGGUGCAAUUUGAGGAUGAUCCGGGCUCUGCUUUGGUAACGUUCUCCAAUCCGGAAGAUGCGGGCACGGCGUACAAUAGUCCUGACGCUGUGCUCUCCAAUCGGUUCAUCAAAAUGCAUUUUUAUUACAACCGCGACGAGGGCCAUAAGUUUGGCGGACAUAAGUCCAAUCCACGACAGGAAGUACAAGUCGAAGAGCCGGAGAAGACACCCGAAGAAAUUGAAGCUCAAGAAAAGCGAAAAGCCGAGGAAAAAGCAGCGGCCAUUGCUGCAGUUAAAAAGAACCAAGAGAUGCUCGAACAAAAGACACGCCUCAAACGAGAGCAAGAGGAAAAGCAAAAAGAGAACUACAAGAAAGUAAUUGAACUUCACAAAAGCAAACAAGACCUCCUUCAAAAACUUAUCAAUGAGCAAAAGAACGUGAUUGAAACCAUAGAGAGCAAGAAAGGCUCUCUCAAGCCUGAAGAGAAGGCCUCCAUGAUGGCUGUUGUGAAACAGUUGAGUGCUUCGAUCGAAAAGGCUCGAGAAGAUGUGAAGCAAAUGAUGCAAGUGGUGUCUCCUCGCAAAGGACCAGGAGAGCUUCAAAAAGCCUUGUUGGAUGCUGAAUUGGAGUUGUUCCAGGCCCAACAAGACGGCUCCGAGUCCGUAGAAUCCAUUCAAAGACGAGUCAAUCAAUUGCGGGUGGAAUCUGCCAAAACUGGAAACCUACCCACUUCUCAUUCUCACAGAGGUGGAAUGCGAGGAGGAUUUCGAGGACGUGUGCGAGGUUACUUUGCGCCGAGAUUUCGAGGAGGUCGAGGUCGAGGUCGUGGAGCUCGUGGUUUCAUGGGGGCUGGGGUAACUACGGUUGAUCGAAGGCCAACCAAGAUUCAAGUCUCGGGUUACGAAAUCGAUGAAAAGGACGUCGCCGUCGACCAUUUCAGGAAAUUUGGCGAAGUGAUUGCAUUGUCUGACGAAGAAGGCGACGAUCACUUCACUGUUCAGUACAAAACUCGACGCGAAGCGGAAAUGGCCUUCAAAAAUGGCAAAUACUUUGGUGACAAAGAGCUGAGUCUCUCAUGGAGUGCUAAUCCCGUUCCUGACGAGCUAAGUUCGGAAGUGGUGUCCAACCAUGAAUCAGUGGUGGAAAGUGAUGCCGCCGACUUGGACCACGAAGAUGGGUAUACGCCGUUGGAUCCUCAUUAUUUGCCGCCAGGAUUGGAUGAUCAUCAAGCCGUCAAAGCCGGUGGAGGAACUCAUCACGGGUCUAAAGACGACGAUGAUUUGGAUGACGCACAGAAGACCGAGUAUACUGCCGAGGAGGCCGACCAAUUGUUGUAUGCCGAGGAAGAGGAAGACGAAGAGGACGAGGAAGCCGAAGAUGACCGAUCGUGGAAGCGAUAAGCAACACUUAAUGGAUGGAUGAUAAAUACACAACACAUCAUCUUGUGGGCUGGAAAUGCAACCGAGGACUUCUUGCUAUCUCAUUUCAUAUUUAAAAUAUUUUGUUCGUACCUAUGUGUGAGAAACAAAAAGAGGCAAAAAAAUACAAACUUCCCGCCCAA